UUGUUGUCGGGGAGUCUCUGUCGGACCCUCCGUCUCCUCGGAGCGUCAGAUGCGUGUUUGUCCAUCCGUGCGGAGCUGUUGUGUGUCUGAACGCACCCGGAGCGGAGCAGCAGCGGGAUGGAGGCGCCUGUCCGCCGGGGAGCGGCCGCCAGACAGCCGUGAUCCCCGGACUCAGCCCCGCAGGAGCCUCGGUCCAGGACUCGUCCUCCUUCAUGGCCGCUGCAGCGUUCUGGGGUUCGGCCGCCUGUUGUUCACAUCCAAAGCUGUCCAGGAGCGGCAGCCUGAAGCUGGGAAGACGCUGCUCGCCUCCGUCCAUGUCGUCCACCCGGAGGUGUUCGGGAGUCUCCGGCCUGGGGGGCGGAGCCGUGUCCCCGGGGCCCGUGGUGGUGGAGGAGGCGGAGCCUAGCGGCGGCGAGGCCAGCCGGGAGCUGUUCGAGGCCUGUCGGAGCGGAGACCUGGAGCGAGUUCGCAAACUGGUGACGCCGAAGAACGUGAACAGCCGAGACACGGCGGGAAGGAAAUCUACUCCGCUGCACUUCGCUGCAGGUUUUGGUCGUAAAGACGUCGUAGAGUUCCUCCUCCAGAACGGAGCCAACGUUCAGGCCCGAGACGAUGGAGGCCUGGUGUCCCUCCACAACGCCUGCUCCUUCGGCCACGCCGAGGUGGUGAGUUUGUUGCUUCGUCACGGGGCGGACACCAAUGCCAGAGACAACUGGAACUACACUCCCCUCCACGAGGCGGCGAUCAAGGGCAAGAUCGACGUGUGCAUCGUGUUGCUGCAGCACGGUGCCGAGCCAACCAUCAGGAACACCGACGGUCGGACGGCUCUGGAUCUGGCAGAACCUUCGGCCAAAGCCGUCCUAACAGGCGAAUACAGAAAAGAUGAGCUUCUGGAGAGUGCGAGGAGUGGAAACGAGGAGAAGCUGAUGGCUCUGCUGACGCCGCUCAACGUUAACUGUCACGCCAGCGACGGGCGAAAGUCGACGCCGUUACACCUGGCAGCCGGUUACAACCGAGUUAAGACCGUUCAGCUGCUGCUGCAACACGGAGCCGACGUUCACGCCAAGGACAAGGGGGAUCUGGUUCCUCUUCAUAACGCCUGUUCAUACGGACACUACGAGGUCACUGAGCUGCUGGUCAAGCAUGGAGCCUGUGUUAAUGCCAUGGAUCUGUGGCAGUUCACUCCUCUGCAUGAAGCUGCUUCCAAGAACCGUGUGGAGGUGUGCUCUCUGCUGCUGAGCUUUGGCGCUGAUCCCUCCUUCCUGAACUGUCACAAUAAAAGCUCGGUGGACCUGGCUCCGACCCCCCAGCUGAAGGAGCGGCUGGCCUAUGAGUUCAGAGGCCACAGUCUGCUGCAGGCGUCCAGGGAGGCCGACCUGCUUCAAGUCAAGAAGCAUCUGAGCCCAGAAACCGUCAGCUUCAAGCACCCUCUGAGUCAGGAGACGGCGCUGCAUUGUGCGUCGGCGUCCCCGUACCCGAAGAGGAAACAAGUUUGUGAACUUCUGCUGAGGAAAGGAGCCGACAUCAACGAGAAAACCAAAGACCUGCUGACCCCCCUCCACCUGGCGUCAGAGAAAGCCCACAACGACGUGAUCGAGGUGCUGGUGAAGCACGAAGCCAAGGUGAACGCCGUCGACCACCUGGGCCAGACGCCGCUGCACCGGGCCGCCCACGCCGGUCACCUGCAGACCUGCCGCCUGCUGCUGACCGCCGGCUGCGACCCAACGCUCACGUCGCUGCAGGGGUUCUCGCCGUCGCAGCUGGGCAACGAGAGCGUGCAGGAGAUGCUGCAAGAAGGAGUCCUGAUCGGGAACUCUGAAGUCGACCGGCAGCUGCUGGAAGCCUCUAAAUCUGGAGAUCUGGAAACGGUGAAGAAGCUAUGCUCGCUGCAGAACGUUAACUGUCGGGACGUUGAGGGUCGACAGUCGACGCCGCUGCAUUUCGCCGCCGGUUACAACCGCCUGGCCGUGGUCCAGUUCCUGCUGCAACACGGAGCCGACGUCCACGCCAAAGACAAAGGAGGUCUGGUUCCGCUCCAUAACGCCUGUUCAUACGGUCACCAUGAGGUUGCAGAACUGUUGGUUCUCCACGGCGCCGUCGUCAACGUGGCCGACCUCUGGAAGUUCACGCCUCUCCACGAAGCCGCCGCCAAAGGAAAAUACGACAUCUGUAAACUCCUGCUGCAGCACGGCGCCGACCCGACCCGGAAGAACCGGGACGGUAACACUCCUCUGGAUCUGGUGAAGGACGCCGACACGGACAUCCAGGACCUGCUGCGAGGCGACGCCGCCCUGCUGGACGCUGCCAAGAAAGGCUGCCUGGCCAGAGUGAAGAAACUGUGCACACAAGACAACGUCAACUGUAGAGACACUCAGGGGAGACACUCCACACCACUACACCUGGCAGCCGGUUACAACAACCUGGAGGUGGCCGAGUUUCUGCUGCAGCACGGAGCCGAGGUGAACUCUCAGGACAAAGGAGGCCUGAUUCCUCUGCACAACGCUGCCUCCUACGGGCAUGUGGACGUGGCGGCGCUGCUCAUCAAAUACGACGCCUGCGUCAACGCCACCGAUAAGUGGGCGUUCACGCCGCUGCACGAAGCCGCCCAGAAGGGCCGGACGCAGCUGUGUGCGCUCCUAUUGGCUCACGGCGCCGACCCGUCGCUCCGGAACCAGGAAGGACAGUCGCCGUUGGACCUGGUCACGGCUGAUGAUGUCCGAGCUCUCCUCUUGGCAGCGAUGCCUCCCUCGGCCCUCCCCGGCUGUUUUAAACCUCAGGUCAUCAGCGUGGCGGCGGCGUCCUCUGUAGCUCCGCCCAUCGUCCCACCGCUCCUCUCCUCCUCCUCUUCCUCCUCUUCAUCCUCCUCCUCAGAUCUGGACGCUGCAGCUUCCACCAACAGUGACGUCGCUGCUGCUGCUGCUGCUGCUGCAAACUCCUCGUCUUCAUCGCCGCCGCCUUCGUCGUCCUCGACGUUUCCUGAGACGUCGGACGCCGAAGAAUCGCUGAGCUCUGAGAGGAAAGAGGAAGAGUGUGAGCUGAGCAUCUGUCAGAUCCUGAAGAACCUGGGACUGGAUCAUCUCCUGGAGAUCUUCCACAGGGAGCAGAUCACCCUGGACGUGCUGGUGGAGAUGGGCCAUCGGGAGCUGAAGGAAAUCGGCAUCAACGCUUACGGUCACCGACACAAAAUCAUCAAAGGAGUGGAGAGACUCAUCAGCGGCCCUCAGAGUGUGAAUCCCUACCUGACCCUGAACACGGCCAACAGUGGGACGAUUCUGAUCGACCUCUCAGCUGAUGAUAAAGAGUUCCAGUCAGUGGAGGAGGAGAUGCAGAGUACGAUCAGAGAGCACCGAGACGGCGGCCAUGCUGGAGGAAUCUUCAACAGAUACAACCUGGUCAAGAUCCAGAAGGUCUGCAACAAGAAGCUGUGGGAGAGGUACAGCCACCGCAGGAAGGAGGUUUCAGAGGAAAACCACAACCACUCCAAUGAACGGAUGCUCUUCCACGGUUCUCCGUUCGUCAACGCCAUCAUCCAUAAAGGCUUUGAUGAGCGCCACGCUUACAUCGGAGGGAUGUUCGGCGCCGGGAUUUACUUCGCCGAGAACUCGUCAAAGAGUAACCAGUACGUUCACGGGAUCGGAGGAGGGACGGGUUGCCCUCAGCACAAAGACCGGUCCUGCUAUAUCUGCCACAGGCACCUGUUGUUCUGCAGGGUGACUCUGGGUAAAUCCUUCCUGCAGUUCAGUGCCAUGAAGAUGGCUCAUUCACCGCCCGGUCACCACUCGGUUACCGGCCGGCCGAGCGUCAACGGACUCGCUUUGGCCGAGUACGUCAUCUACAGAGGAGAGCAGGCCUACCCAGAGUACCUGAUCACCUACCAGAUCAUGAAGCCUGAAGCCUCUGCAGACGGAUGAGGAGAAAGGAGGAUGAUGAAGAUACGUAGAGUUGCUCCACUAACUGCAUGCAAACAGAAAAAAAAACUUUAUUUAUACAAUGUAUAAGACAUGUAGGUUUCUAUCCAAUGCCUGUUUUUUGCUAUUUUUUUCUAUGGUUUGUUUUAUGCACUUUAUUAACAUGGGUGGUGUCAUGAUGUGACGUGAUGUGACUGUUGGUUUUGUCCUUUUGUCACUAAAACGGUGUCGUCCAGUGAUUUCAGGGUAGAAAUGACGUGUCGGUUUCAAAACAUCGGGGCCAAAUGUUCAGAAGGUGGCGGCUAAAUUUCAAACAUAACACUGAAUGUUAGUCACUGCAAAGAUUUACUGCAUCGGAACAACGUCAAGUGAUCUUUGAAAUGAAGUGGUGUAGAAAUGACCAAAAAUGAGCUCUGAUGUUGCCUCAACCACUCGUCCUUUCUGAAGAGCUAAUGGUUGCUCUCUCCUGGCAAACUUUUUGUUGCCCGGCAACGUCCUAACGAGGUGAAGUGUUAACUUGAUUUUAUGAAGAUGUUAUGUGUAUAUUUAUUUUUUGUACAAGCAUGUCGGUUUAUUAACAUUUAUAAAGUGAAAAAUAUGUCGUAGUUGGGCUUUGAGGCAGUCUUGAAGCCUGAUCUAUUUGUUUUUUCUGUGAGACUCCGGCCAGUUUUUUUCCAAUAUGAGCCUCUGUUGAAUCAGUACAAUCACACAAAUACUGUUUUACCUCCACAGGUGUUUGUUAUCCAUGUUGCACCCAGCCUGGCUCCAGACCUUUCAAUCUUUGAAACUACUUCAUCAUUCUGUUGUGUUUUUAAGUCAUUGUAGGCUGCGUUAAUUAACAUGUUUGCUUGUUAGCUGCUACGUUCGACAAGCUACUGGGAAAGAGUAGUAAGAUUAGCUCGCAGAUAUGCUACAUAAAAUGAACCACAGUGAAUACUACAUCGGAAGGUACUUGAAUUAUUUUAUGUUAAGUUUUAGCCAUUUGUCGUCUUCAGACAGUGAAAAUCAUGUAGCUAGCUAGUAGCUGUUAACAGACUUCUAGUUGGUGUUUCCAAAGGAAAGCUACGUGGUGUAAUGAUGGUAUGGAAGUGUGGGUGUAGCAUACGGAUUUCUAGCUUAAUUUGAUUUGAUUUGAUUGAGAAAAUAAGGUUGUUAGUACCUCUCUACUGAGAUAAACUCUUCUACUGUGAGCAAUACCACUGGCCAACACUGGUUAGCUGGUUCCAAAUGCAACAAUAGACUUUUUUUAGGUUUAAAUGUCAUAAAUUCAUAUUGCGAUUGAUAUUCUGUGUAGAUAUGGCAUUACAGCUACAUAUUUAUCCAAACUGCCCAAAUUAGUUUUUCGUGCAGUUAGCAGCAGUAAAAAUGAAUCCAGUGGCUGAUUUUCUGCACCAGAGCCAGAAAAAGUGACAACUACUACUUAAAAACAGCUAUAAUGAUGUUUGACUAAACAGUUUUAGUUACAUAUUAGUCUAGCAUACCACCAAAAGUAGUGUACCAGAUAGAAAUGAUAAAACAGGUGUUAAUUUGCUAUAAACAAAAGUCCAAACUCCACUGCGGCUCUGUUAUUCAUAGGCUUUAGCACUAUGUUAGCAUUAAAUUCUGUUAGCUGGAAGCUAAACCAAGCAGCAACAAAAGACUUCUUGUUUUUAGUGAACUUAAAUGAACCUAACAAAUGUGUGGAAAUCAGACAUAUGUUUUUUUUUUUGCUUAUAUAUAUAUAUAUAUUCGGAAUUUCCCCUCGUGGGACUAAUAAGGGAUAUAAAAAUAAAAAAUAUAUAUAUAAAUUUUAAGAUCUGAGUGUUUUGGUGCUGUAGGUAGUAGCUUUCUUAGGUUUAUGCUGCUCUUGUGCCAUUUUGGCAAAAUUUGAAGCUUAAUCACACCAGAUAAUAGUCUGAAAUAGCUAUCUUAAGCUUUCUCAAUUUAUUUUAGCAUUUUACAAACAUGAUCCACUAUAGAUAAGAAUUUUAUUCUAUGUAAAAACAAGCGAUGAGGCUUUGUAGUAAUUAUUUCACCUCUCUGUUCACUUUUGUGGCCUGCUAACCCCAGCUAGCAGCUAACUACUAGCUAUAUGUUUUUUGUUAGCUAUAAACUGAACCCAACAGCAACAAAAGACCUCUUUUCUUAAGUGAACUUAGAUUAAUCUAACAGAUGUGUGGAAACCAGAUGCUUUUGCUCAUAUAUAUCACUUUUUUUUUAACCUCAGAGUUUUGGUGCUAUUCUUUGAGGCUAAUGCUGCUCUUGCCGUUUUGGCAGAAUUGAAACAGCUAAUUGCUCAAUUUAUUUUAGCAUUUUUCAAACAUGAGCCGUUAAAGUUAAGAAGUUUACGUUGAUUUAAACACAAGCAAUAAGGCUUGGCAGUCAUUUUUUUCCUGUUUACUUGUGCGGCCUGCUAACCCAAACUAACUACUGGCUAGCUACAUAUUUUUUGUCUGUGGACAGCAAAACAAUAACAAUUACUGUCAAGUUUAUUUAAAAAUUAAACAAAUAAGAAGAGUAGCUUCUCAUCUAGUAAAACACUUUUGUCACGUUGGUGUAGUUUAGCUAGCUAUUUCUUUGGGUAUCAAAGCUUUGUUUAAUGCAGAGUAACCACUAGCUUAGCCGACUGCACUGUUUGCGCAAAACUGCUACCACGAAACAAGUUAGCUAAGAUAAUUGGUCAGAUGACAUGCUAGCUGCUUCCAGAUAUUCAGUUUUUUUUUUUUGCAGAAUUUGUCUUGACAGUUCUGAAAACUGCAAUGUUUGGGAUCUUGUGUGACCAUCUUUCUUUGUUUUAUAAUCAGAGGUCUGGAACCAGGUUAGCUAACAGUGGUUUCAGUAUAACUGCCCUUUAAGUAGAUCUUUGGUGAAAUGAAGCCGCUGCCUGGGACUUAGAAACACCAUUCAACUAUUAAAUUAAUAGCGAUAGCACCGCGGCCUAUAGCAUGGUAACUGUGCUUUCCUGUUUUGUUUUUUUUGGUACAUUCACUCUGCCGAUCAGACUGUAAACAAAACUGAAUGUCAUGUAUGUAAAUUAGCUCUGACUGUUUUGCUGUCAUGACUUGUGUCGUCUGCAAUGUGAAGCUAACCGGCGCUAAUGGUAGCUCCGCUGGUUUCAAACUGGGAGGAAACCAGUGAUGGGUUUGAUUCCAAAGGUAGUUGCUAGAGAUACGGACCCGUACUUUCCAUUUGCCAAUCAGAUACACGAGAUCUGGUCACGUGACUCCCGGUAGACGCUGGAGGUACGGACCCGUAGCAUCGGUACUACAAGUACGGACCCUAAACCUGACCCUAACACUAACCCUUGCUUACCUUUCAACAGUUUGCAGUGGUUAGCAGCUUCUUGACUUGCGAGACUCGCGUAUGGUCCGUAUCUGUCUGGCAAAUGGAAAGUGCUGUAUCCAUAGCCCACAGGCUAGGGGUCCGUAUCUGUAGACACUACCGAUUCCAAAAUGGGACAGCAAACAUCCUGUUGACUCUGCAGACUGAUUCAUGGAACAAAAUGGUGCUAUUUUCAGGAUUUUGUGGCAUUUCAGAAACAAGCUCCUUGCACUGCUUAUCUCACAUUUGAAAAAGGAAACAUGUUUAACCAUGGAGUGCUUUACAGUUAUACAAGAGUAGGGUGUGUGACACAAACCCAACUUUUCAAGCUUGUAAAAAUAUGAAAUAACUUUUCAAAAUUUAACAUGAAAAGUCACAUGAAAGUCUGAAAGCUAUUGGUGGUUUAUAGUGUUGACUGAAUUCAUUUCAAUGCCUCAAAUAAAACUAAUUUUCCCAUCAUUGAUUCUGCACAGCUAAAACUGGCAGUUUAUAUAAAUAUGCAGUGAUGAGACUGAGUAUUUUAAAAGAAACUUGAGUCACAUAUUUGAAGCCAAUUACUGAGCUGUAUUUUAUUAUACAGACCUUAAAUUUGGCUGCUGGUGAAGUUUAGCUGUGCACAAUAAAUGGUUGUGAAACUAACUGCACUUUGAGAUUUGAUGGUUUAAAGUUGAAGGUGAACUCUGGUUCAGAUGGUUGAAACCACUUCUUUUCAGUGUUUAGUCUUUCCUCUACAUCUGGUUGGACUUUUAUUCUGUACAGCAGCAGAAAGAAUAAAUUACUUAAUGAUUCUGACCACUUAAUUUGUUUGAAUGCUAAUGUUAGCAUUUAACUACUACAUAGACAGGACUAAUGGAACUUUGGUCCAGAGGUGCACAAAUUUUUGCAUGGAAAUCUUGCUAGCCUGGGCAGAGAAUCUGCAUUUUUGUCUAAAUACUUCCUGUAAAGUCUUACCAGAGAUACCACUACUAGCCGCCUGACAGGCUAAUUCAGCUUACAGUGAGACUUAAUGUUGAGACCUGAGCACAGUGCAAACUACACCAUCUUCAGAUAUGUUUGCAAGGACAUUAACGCCUAUUUGAAGAGUUUUCCUCCAAGGUAUUUUAAGAUCAUAUGUAAAUGAAGUACAUGUGACAACACAGGCAGUAAGCACAGAAAUGAGCUUUAAUGGAUAGAUUUAAUAUUUUAAACAUUCAGACAUGCCAAGUUUUCAAAGCAAGCCGAAGUUAAUCACCGAAUUCACCCUGCAAGACAAGACAGUUUAGUGAGGACAGAACAUCCAGCAGUGUGAACAACCUUUUGAAGUGGAGAUAGAUUUCUACCUCAUUUGGCCUUUUCCCCCGGAGUUUCAAUAACUGGAGUCUCAGCUGGUGUUUGGGUGACGAUAGGGGGUAAAAGAAAGUGGUCGAAGAUGUCUGGUGAGUAUUUAGAGUGGGACAAGAGCUCUCUAGCUCGCUGGUAGCCGUUACUGGACUGGAUGAUGUAAGAUGAAGGCGCCACAGCGGGAGGCUCGAUCAUACCCAGCGGUACCUCAUCUGUGUCCCAGGCGUUGGCAUCCGGAAAGAGACGAUGCGGAAUCAAGUGUCUCAGGAAGGACAUGCCUGGAACAAAUGGCAAUCCGAACAGACCAGCCCCACCUCCUGAGCUGGGAGCAGCGCCGCCGCUGGAGGAAGCAGAUCCAGGACCUGAGCUCCCGGAGUAUGCAACUCCAGGGGAGAAAGCACUGUCAUAGCCAGGGCUGGAUCCUCCACCGCUGUCCAAACCAGACUGCUGCUGUGCUUGGAAGUCUGGAGUCUUCUUCGGGAGACGGUUGAGGUACCAGGGCCUGAAGGAACGACCUGCUGGGGCACCGGAGGGGUCAGAGCUGGAGUCAUAAGCCAUGGCCAACCCUGGCUCGUAGUCGGACAAGAACCCCGCAGCUGAACUAGGAGCUCCCAGGCUACGUGGGGACUGGUUUCCAGUCUGGGAGCCCGUCUGCUGGCUGGCAGCUUCAUGCUGCAGGGACACCGAAGGUGAUUCAGGUCCGAUAAGGGAAAAGGUGAACGGGUCGUCUGGACAAGAGGGCAGGAUUAGAUUAGAAAGGAGUGAGAGAGCUUUUACACCCAAUAAAGGAAGUCUAUAAGUGUUGAAACACUGCAAGAGUGCAACUAAAGUUUAUACCACUGAAUGCCAUAAUGACCAUUUAUUAGGACCAGAAACAGUACAAAUCCUGGUCCAUGACACUCCGUUACAACUACAAACCUCAACCAGAUCUCAGACUAGAGUUCUGUUUCUUUUUUUUUUUUUUUAAAACAUUUCAUACUACAGGUCUCAUUACCUCCACCAGGAGGUUAUGUAAUCAGAGUUUGUUUGUCUGUUAACAGCAUAACUCGAAAAGUUAUGGACGGAUUUUCACCAAAUUUUUUAUAGAAUGUCCAGAAGAGCAAAAGUAACAAUCGAUUCGAUUUUGGAGAUGAUCCGGAUCACCGUCUGGAUCCAGGAUUUUUUGAAGGACUCUGUACAGUUGAGAUGGCCACCAACUUUUUUGAGUUAUGCUGUUAACAGACAGACAAAUGGCCUAGCGGAGGUCUGCGCUCUGAGUGCUUUUCUAGUUUAAAAAUAGAAUUAUCUGCUCAAUCAAGAUUCUAUUUCUGCCUAACCAUGAAACUAGUAGUGACUGAAGUCAUGUGACAUAUUCUGGUAUAUUCUCAGCUGAACUGCAGGCAGUGUUUACACAGCAGACAGAUGAGAACAGAAAUAAGUUAAAGCUACAUUGUUAAAUAACUUUAGCAUGUAGAACACUCAUUUUAGAAACAAAAAGCACCUAUGGACACUUAAAAGACAUUUUGAUUACAUGUUUGCUUUAAAUUUGUGUAAAUAGUAAAUUUUUUACUGAUUAAUAGUAUUAGAGAUGUGCCAUACAGCAAACAUUUGUCUUCCCUCUCCAUGUUGUUCAUUUUUCAUAAAGAGACCCAGAAACAGCUUAGGACACAGAUGGUUAAAACAUUUUUGAUGUGCAGAGAAGCACAAAAAUUGAGGUCUUUCCUGAAAUUUGCGCUUGAGAAGCUUUGUUGCGGGACUGACAUUCCUGCUGGAUUUAACCAAAUAAAACCAGGAGGUAAAAAGACUACAACCUCAAAAGGAAAGCGGUAAUUUGCAUUAGAAUCAUAGAGAUGGUGACUUACUUGGUGAGUCUAUGGGAAAACAAGUACCGAUGCUAAACAACAGCAGGCAGAUCCAAGAAACCCUGUAAGACAGUUUGACACUAUUAAAGCCACCAGAAGUCUGGCUCAACGUCUGGAAAACUGAACACAAAGGCAGUGAACUGACCUUAAAGCGAGCGCCAUGUUUGACUCAGAACAGUGAUUUCAGCUUCAGCGGCUUUUGCUCAUGAGCCUGGUGAUGGCUGAACGUAGGAGCUGCUCUGAUAAAGCUGCUCUCCACCAAUUAGACUCAUUACAGACACCUGGAGUUCAAUCAGGCUGCAGGCGAAACAAACUGAACCGAGAACCAAGAGGAAACAGCAUGAAUAAGAGUUUGUUUUUCCUCUCCAUCCACCAGCUGUGUGAAUGAUCUGCUUCAUUUGCAAAUAUGCAUUUAUUCUUGACAUCUUGGUGCUUGAUCUUCAUCUAACUAAUGUUUUAGAGUAAAGAGAAACACCUUAAAUAGGGACUGAGUGUAAUUUGGUGACUGUUGGAAGCACAUAUGGAGUGUUUUCUAACUUUGUCCUGUCUGGUCACAAAACAUUCGCCAGAUGAAGGUUCAGCAUCAAAAUAUUGUGUUUUUAAGAGUUUGACAUAUUUGUUUGAAGCUUGCUGAUACGCUCGCUCCUCUCCUGUCUCAUGAAACACUUCUGUUGCUUUAAGCUGUUUAGAUUAAAAGCUAAAGGUGAGAUUUCAGGAUAUAAAAUUAAUCUUGAGAAAUCAAAGGCUCUGCCUCUUGGCAACUUUGGAGACCAUACCACCCUGGUUGAUUUUCUCUUCAAGUGGUCACUUUCUGGUUUUAUUUACCUGGGGAUUAGAGUAUCUGCUGUAAUUAAAGAUCUAUACAAUUUAAAUUUUAUAAAAACUUUAAAAUCAGUUAAGAAUGAUCUGAACAGGUGGUUUGAUCUCCCUUUGUUGUGGAUGGAUAGGAUCAGCUUAAUUAAAAUGAAUGUUAUUCCUAGAAUUUUAUGUCCAAUACAAAUGUUACCACUCAGGAUCAAUAAGUCAGCUAUCUCAGAUAUUCAAAGAUCUAUCUCUAGGUUUCUGUGGCAUGGAAAGAGACCACGACUAAAAAUGAAGACUCUACAACUGCCUGUAGACAGGGGAGGUCAAGCGUUCCCCGUUUUUUUGUAUUAUAACUGGGCUUGCCAUCCCAGAAUAGUAUACAGCUGGCUUAAACAUUUCCUUAACCCAAAAGAAGCCCAUGUGGAUGCCUGGUGCUGUGCCCCUCGCUCCCCUCUGAGUCUGCUAACAAUAAACUAAAAUGAGCUCCCAGGAGAAGUUGAAAACAAUCUCCUUCUUAAAACUACUCUCAAAAUUUGGCGAGAUAUUACCAAACAUGCUGGACAACAAGGCUUUUCUUUAGCAUUACAGCCAUUAAUUCAAAACAGAGCCUUCCCCCAGGUACAGGUACGGGCAUCUUUAAUGAUUGGAAUUCAAAGGGAUUGAGAUUUGUGGCUGACUUAUGGAAAUGUCAUUCUCACAACUUCAAAUUAAAUACGGGAUCCCACACUCCCAUUUCUUUGGUUUUCUUCAGACCAGGCAUUUUGUGAAGUCCUCAUGCUCACUCCCACUCGACUGACCAAUUAAAAAUUCAAUUGAAAGCUUUCUGUUAGACUUUAGCUUGUCUGCACUUAUCAAAAGGUUUAUUUCUCUUUUUAUGGGAAAUUGUUUUCUUGUGACAGUGUCAGAGACAUCGGAGCUGAAGAACUGUGGGAAAAAGAUCUCUGGAUUGACCUGGAUUACAGCAGAUGGUGUGAUGCUUUUGAAUCUGCAAAGAAAUUAUUUGUGUGUAACGGACUGAGAGAAAACCAGCAUAGAAUGUUACACAUGCAGUUCACCCCUUAGCUUUCCCCCAGGUCUCUGCCAUGUGCACCAAGUGUAAAAAAGAGGUGGGAACUUACUAUCAUUGCUUAUGGUUGUGUCCUUUAAUAUCUGGAUUCUGGAUAAAUGUUGCAAAAGAACUUAGUUCAAUACUAUUCAAAACAAUACAGACAGACUCAGGCCUACUCCGUCUGAAUAUCCCUAUGAGGCCGUUAACUCUAACCACCACACAGAUAACCUUACUGCAAAAACUUUUGUUUCUAGCAAGAUGCUGUGUCCUUCUACAGUGGUUAAGGAGAAGCCCCCCUCAGUUACUCAAUGGUGCAAAGAAACUUUCCAAGUUCUCCCUAUGGAACACCUCAGUGCCUCCUUAAAAGGGAAUGAUAUUGUCUUUUAUCAAAUUUGGCAACCGUUUCUUAAUCAUCUUCCUGAUGACCUUAUUGGUCUGCUACAAAAGGGAAGCUCUUCCUUUGACUUUACAAGUAUAUGAUAAGAAAUGAAACGAUGUCCGUUUGCGGUGUAUCCUGUUAUUAGGAAAGGGAAGAAGUAUAGAUGAUGAUAAUAUAAUUGAUGUAAUGUGAUGACUAUGUGUGCUGAUUGUUGUCUUUGUCUUUCUUUUUUUGCACUUUGUAUACUUGAUUGGGUGUAUCUUGUGCUGACGAGUUCCCUAUUUUUUUUAAUUUAAUAAAAUAUUGUUAAAAAACCUCCUAAAAACA